AUGAUAAAAUCUCGCGAAGACGAGAACAGCAAAAAGACAAGACCGAGACCAUCCUUUCGUCCCCAAGCGCCCAUCCUUCUCCAGCCAGAGUCAGUACCGCAGGGACUGCGGAACCGUACAAGCACACCGCAAGUUGGCUCGCCUGCCGUGGUCACACCGAUUCCUGGGAGAUACAGUGCUGCUACAUACGGUCCAAGUUCUUUUGGUCACACAAAUCAUGCUCAGGGUACUCAUGCUGGAAACGUCGUUCAAGACAAUGACGAGUCGAAGAACGGUCUCGUUCGCCGUGGUGGAUAUGUGAAUGUAGAUGAGUCAGACAACGAAGAGAGAAAGCGCGGCUUCGACGGGGACCACUUGGAAGAACAUGAGACCAAAAAAUUCAGGGUUGAAGGUGAAGAGAUGGUGGACGGCGACGAGGACGCGGAGUUUGAAGACCUCGCUCCAAAACGUGGCUCAAAACGUGUUAUGCACGACGAGGACAUGGAAUAUAAUAACAACGCUAAGAAAUUCCGCGGGAAACGAUCUCGGAAGAUUUCGCUGGCCAAAUCCGACAUGGAUGUCGAUGAGGAAGAUGAUGACCAAGUGACAGAAUUACCGUCUCCAUCGACCCAUCGUGGCAAGAAGCGCGACCGUACUGAGGCAGGCUCUACUUUUGGUGGCGAUGACGACGACAGUGCCGAGGAGCCAGAGGAUAGCGAUGCUAUUGUCCGAAGACGUAGGAAGAGACGCACUGUGUCGAAACGUAAAUCUGAAGCCAGUCAUCUGCGUGGCAAGAAGCGAGACAGGGUCACUGAAGACGAUCUUAGUGAAGGUUUCAGUGAAGGCGAUUCACUGGAAAAGUCAGCGCACAAGAAAGGCAAGCAUUCAUCGCACCGUCGUGACCGAGCUGCAGAGAGCGAUAUAUCUAUGGAGGAUUCCUCGUUUUCAAGGAGUAAGAUUAGGGAGAUUGGCGAUGAAUGGGAAAGCAACGGUGUCAAAUACAAAAUCGGUCCAAACGGACAACGUCUUCGUCAGGCCCUCGUGAAGAAAGCGAGGCAGAAAUUUGUCAUGCCUAAAGACUCUUUACAUCCAGACCGCGAUGUUAAUCUCCAAGUUUGCAUUGAAACGUGGCUCACGGAAGAAGAAUAUCAAGAGGCCAAAGCUCAACAUAACCUUGCAUGGCAGGACGAUCCUGAAACGAAAAAUAUCCACAAGUUGACUUUGGAUAUCUCGUCAGACACUGCUUCUGUCCACAGGGAAGGUUCCCUUUCUGGAAAAAAUCUGUUAUGGUCCUCAACUUCUACUCCUACUGGUUCACCUGUCCCACAGACCCCUCCGCCCGAAAUCCCAAGACCAAGGACUUCUCGUCUCUCAAUGGGUCCUUCGUCUUUAGUCCUCAAUCCCUUUAGCGAGUCGCAAAUACCCGCCGCCAAACGAAUUGCAUCGAACGCCCGAGCUAUUGGGUCACCAGCCGCUGUCGGGUCCUCUGGUUUGUCAGAUAGCACUAAUAGUAGCCCACGCAAAGUCCUUUCGAAAUGGGAGAAGCAAGAGCUCGAGGCACGUGCUAUGAUGAAGAUUCGUGAGGCUACUAGGAAGAAAGAGCAAGAAGAAGAGGCCAAACGGCAGGCUGCUGAACGGGCACGCACCGAACAACUCGCUAAAGAGCGCCAGGAGAAAGAACGUAUUGAAAAGGAGAAGGCGGAGAAAGAGAAAGCGGAACAGGAGAGGAAGAAAAAAGAGGCCGCGUCUAUGCCUCCCCCUCCAAAUCCCACCACUGCAACACCUGCUCCAACAUCUUCAGGCGCUGGACCGAUUCCUACCCCUUCUGCAGGUGCCUCGUCCUUCUUCUCUGUUCCUAAUUCUACCUCGACUUCCAAUUCCACAUCUUCCGGAACAGCUCCUGCUGCUUCUUUGUUUAGUAUGCCUCCUGCUAAGGCUUCUGCGGCUUCCAGUAGCCAACCUUCUUCUACACCCUCUAAUACUGGAUUCAGCUUGGCGAACCCUUCGCAACCGUCGUCGGCAUCUUCUGGCACUCCAGCUGCCAACUCUAGUCAGCCAGCUCCCCCUGCUGGUGGAUUUUCUUUCGCAAAUCCUAGUGCAUCUAGUACUACCCCAGCUUCUUCUGUCCCUCCUUCCACAACCCCUUCUACGUUCAAUUUCAGUGCGCCGAAGAAAGAUGGAGAGACUGCAAACACUGCUACCAGUGGUGGGGGGCCAUCGUUAAUGUCGAGAUUAGGACCUCAAGUUUCUGAUGCACCGAAACCUUCGACUCAGCCUGCAUCCAACAUCUUUUCAUUUGCCAAACCCACUACGUCUGGAACCACUACUAGUACUACCGCGUCAAACCCUUUCGGUCAGCCGGCUUCAUCCAAUCCCUUCGGACAGCCUGCUUCUUCAAAUUCCUCGUCAACUCCUACAAAUGGUGCAACCACUUCGACUGCGCCAUCAAGUGGAGGCUCCGGGUUGAAGUUCAACUUUGCUGUGCCGAACAAGACAGCCACCACUGCUUCUGCUCCUUCAACAGGUGCUGUUAAUGGCACAGGGUCUUCGUUGAGUGGUGCUUUGGGUUCAGACCCACAGAAGCCAGGCUCUGCUACAGGCAAUACUUUUUCUGGGACUGCAUCGGCACCUGCGCCUGCUUCAGGUGGCGCAUCUCUCUUUAGCUUCAAGACUCCUACGACACCUGCUUCUGCAACGAACGCUGCGGAGGCUAGUACUACGCCUGCAACUAAUCCUCCUGCUUCCACAUCAACUGCGCCUACAGGUGGUUUGAAGUUCAACUUUGGAACAUCUCCAUUUGCAACACAGGGUUCAACUGCAAACAAGGAUAAGGAUAAGGAGCCUCCCAAGUCUGGAUUUGGUGCGCCAUCGACAUUUGGAACUACUGCAUCGAGUACUACGUCGCCAUUUGGAAAUACGUCCAAUACUUCGUCGCCGUUUGGUGGUGGUAACACUUCGUCGGCUUUUGGAAGUAACACUAAUGCUUCGUCAGCCUUCGGUGGUGCCAAACCGUCGCCUUUUGGCAAUGCAUCCGCCACCACUACGUCUGCAUUUGGAAACAUCCCCACCACCUCAGCGUUUGGGAACAAAGCAGGAACUGGGGCAUCGCCGUUUGGCGCCACUGCUGCUCAGACUUCCAGCGUCUUUGGUGGGGGUGCAUCCUCAGAGUCGACAACGAAGCCUGCUGAUUCCUCGAGUACACCCAAAUUUAAUUUUGGUGGCGCAUCUUCGACCGCACCCGCUUCGGACAGUACUGCGAGCAAGCCCACCUUCUCGUUUGGUUCAACUUCUCAGACCCCUGCUACACCUGCUAGUGGCGCUACAUCAACGACACCUGCUUCAACACCUGCUAGUGGAGGUUUUUCAUUUAACUUUGGUGGAAAGACGACUGCUCCAACGACGGCGACAACAACCCCAUCGCAACCGCCCCCGUUGUUUGGAACAACGACCACACCCGGUCAAUCCGCGUUUGGCAAUUUGAGCAAUACAACCGCCCCGUCCAAUGUAUUCGGUGGUGCAGCAUUUGGGGCACCAGCUCAAUCAAAAUAG